AUAAUAAUUCAAAUUAAGUCUUUUUUAGGUUCCACAAAAUUAUGAACUUCGCAUUUCACCUUAUCAUUAAAAUCAAUUUCAAUCAGUUUAUGAUAAAAUUUGGAACCCAUCUUCUCCUCUUAAAAAACAAACACAAAUUACUUUCAAGUUCCAAAAAUUAGGUAUGUUUCGGCCGGGUUCGAACCGGUGACCUUGCCGCAAAAACUAAAAAAUUAAAUUCCAACUUUUUGUAUAUAUAAUUGAACAUAUUACUUAACAGGUUUCUCUGGCUCUCGAUCUCCGAGACUUCGACACAAGUCAGAUCGAGUCUCCAGCUUCCACUACUUUUCACUUCUCACUUGUUUAACCCUAGAAUUAUACAUUCACAGAUCUGUAUCUCCAUCUAGGGUUUAUACACACACACACAAAUAUGUCUGGUCUAGACCAAACUCUCGACGACAUCAUCAAAAGCAACAAGAAGUCCGGCGGCGGCGGCGGUCGAGGCCGGUCUUCCGGCCCCGGUCCUGCUCGCCGGUCUAAUAAUCGCUCUUCGAACCGACCUGCUCCUUACGCUUCUUCCAGGGCGCCAGAUUCAGCUUGGAAGCAUGAUAUGUUUAGUUCGGAUCAGGCGAUGGCGAAUCAGGGAUAUGGAGGUGGGAAUCGAGGUUCGUCGAUUGAGACUGGAACGAAGCUGUAUAUAUCCAAUCUGGAUUACGGUGUUUCUCAGGAGGAUAUCAAGGAGCUCUUUACAGAGAUGGGUGAUUUGAAACGAUGUGUAGUACAUUAUGAUCGAAGUGGAAGAUCAAAGGGAACAGCUGAAGUCGUCUUCUCACGUCGUCAGGACGCAUUAUCAGCCGUGACCAAGUACAAUAAUGUCCAGCUUGAUGGGAAGCCGAUGAAAGUAGAAAUUGUUGGAACGAACAUAGUGACUCCUGCAGCUCGGCAACCAUCUGCAAAUGGCAACGGCUCCAACUUUAAUGGUGUCCCUAGAAGUGGACAAGGAAGGGGUGGAUUUGGAAGGUCACGUGGUGGUAGUCGAGGUCGUGGAUCUGGAAGGGGACAAGGAAGUGGAAGAGGACGUGGGGAGAAGUUAUCUCAAGAUGAUCUUGAUGCAGAUUUAGAGAAGUAUCAUGCAGAGUCAAUGCAGAUAAACUGAAGUACCUUUGUGGGGUUUAGUUGAGAGAAUUUUCACACGUCAGACUUGAUCUGCCUCUCCACAAUAUCCUGUAAUUUAUGCUUCUAGUUAGAGUGAGAAAGAAGAAAGUAAUACUCUUGUAGAGCAACUAGUAGACCUUGGUUUGUGGAGUUUGGAGCUUGUAAUAUGAUAUUCUUUACGUUUUGGAUAAGAAUGUUUAUUGUUAUUCUGGACUUGCGAUCACAUAGUACAGAUAUAUCUCUUUUGUUUGCCUAAAUUCAAUGGAGUUGAGGAGAUUAAUAUUUAUGGCAAAUUUGUAGUAGAUUUUUUUUUA